AUGGCCGUACCAGGACAAAUCGCCUCAGACAGCUCCGCGAAACCAAUGCGCGCCGCGCGGUUUUAUGGGAAAGAAGACAUCCAGAUCAAAGACGAUAUCUCACGCCCGGUGUGCGGCGAAGGGCAGGUCAAGGUCGAGCCGGCUUUUGUCGGAAUCUGCGGGACGGAUUUGCAUGAGUAUUUGGGAGGGCCGAACUUCUCACCCACAGAACCGCACCCCGUCACCAAAGAGAAGAUUCCCAUCACCAUCGGCCACGAGUUCUCCGGCACCGUCAAGGAGAUCGGCAAGAACGUCUCCGGCUUCAAGAUUGGAGACCAAGUCGUCGUCCAGCCCACGGUCUACUGCGCAUCGUGCGGGGCCUGCAAAGUCGGCGCUGAGAAUGCCUGCGCCGCGGGCGGGUUUGUGGGAUUGAGCGGAGCGGGCGGAGGGAUGAGCGAGGAGGUUGUUAUGCCUCAGAUUUCUGUUUUGCCUCUGCCCUCAAACGUCAACCUCGACGUAGGAGCCCUCGUCGAGCCGCUAGCAGUAGCCUGGCACGCCGUCGACGCCUCCCCGAUCGCAGACAUGAAGGAGCCGAAAUGCCUCGUCAUGGGCGGCGGCCCCAUCGGUCUCGCAGUGAUCCAGGUCCUUCUUGCGCGCGGAACGAAAGUCGUCAUCUGCUCCGAAGUUGCGAAGAAGCGGCAAGACUUCGCCAAAGACUUCGGAGCGCACUACAUCGUCGAUCCGUCGAGUGAAGACGUCGUCCAGCGGUCGUUGGACAUCUGCGGUGGUGUCAAUGGCCCGGACAUCGUGUUCGACUGCGCGGGUGUUCCGGCUUCCGUGAAGGCGUCUUGCACUGCUGUAAGAUCGCGUGGUACGGUGAUCAAUGUGGCGAUCUUUGAGAAGGAGAUCCCGUUCAAUCCCAUGUGGCUUACCUUCCGCGAGGCGACUUACAAAUCUGUGUUGGGGUAUCAGAGGAAGGAUUAUGAAGGCGUGCUUGAUGCGCUGAGCAAAGGGACGAUCAAGCCGGCUGGGAUGAUUACCGGGAAGAUCAAGAUGCAGGAUCUGGUGAAGGAGGGGUAUAUGCCGCUAAUCAAUGAGAAGGAUAAGCAUGUCAAGAUAUUGGUGGAUAUACAAGCUUCGAUGUAG